GUAGGAAUCAUCUGAACAGCUUCUGUCUCUUCUUUCCCUUUGUGUUCCUCUCUCUCUUCUCUCUUUCCCGAUCUAUCUCUGUCUCGACAAAGAUGUCACGCAGCUGCUCUCAGUGUGGAAACAACGGCCACAACUCCCGCACAUGUCCAACAGAAAUAUCCUCCCCCGCCGCCGCCGCCGCUGCCGGAGAGAAAGCCAUCAUGCUAUUCGGCGUCCGCGUCACGGAGGCUUCACCGUCUCCUUUCAGAAAAAGCGCUAGUAUGACCAACCUAUCUCAAUACGAUCACAAGUCUCAUGACUCUGACCCUGUCGAUGAAGGUGGCUACGCCUCAGACGACGUCGUUCACGCCUCCGUUAGAAACCGUGAACGCAAACGAGGGACUCCGUGGACGGAGGAGGAGCAUAGACUGUUCCUCACGGGGCUGCAUACAGUAGGGAAAGGAGACUGGAGAGGAAUCUCAAGAAACUUCGUUAAGACAAGAACACCGACACAAGUGGCGAGCCAUGCUCAGAAGUACUUCCUCCGCCGUACAAACCAGAAUCGCCGCCGUCGUAGAUCCAGCCUCUUCGACAUCACUCCCGACAUAGCCGUUGACGCGUCUCCUCCGUCGAAGCUAGUCUGUCCGAUCCCACCGUCGAGGAAAAUGGCUGAUUUGAAUCUAAACAAGGCGGCGCCGGAGAUGUUUAUGAAUCCACGGUCAUCUUCAAAUGAACAGAAGGCACGUGGCUCACGUGCCUCGGUCUUUGAGACCAUGUCGAGUAGUGGAGAUAGUAUAAUGGGAGUAGCUUGAUGAAGAAGGAAAUGUUAAAGAAUCGGUUUGAUUAUUAUAUUAUUAAAGAUUAAAGAUCUGAUUAUGAUUUAAUGUGGGAUUGGUGGAAGAUUACUCUAGGCUAAUUAGAUACAACUUUUGAUCAGACUUGGCUAAGUUUUAAUUAGUGUGUACAUGUGUUUUAUUGCCCUUUUGGGGAGGAAGGAAAAACGAAUUGUCGUUUUUGUUGUUGUACGAUAUAUGUUUGAUGUGGUAAAACAGCAGGUAGUCUUUAUGUGUUGUUUUGGUCAAUAAGACUUUUGUCUUCAAUGGAAGUGUAGUUUGGGACAUACUUGAUACUACUACUUCAAAGAAACUAUUUG